AUGGUCCAAACCAAACUGAUCGACGAGCUGGGCAGCAUCGAAGGCUUCGUUGCCUCGCAAGUCGUUGCUCUCGCAGCGCCAGGCUUCCAGUUGCUGGAGGAUUUUGCCAGACGAUACCAGCAUUUCGCAGAGCUAAGGCAAGUCGCUCGCUGGAAGGAGCUCGGGCUGACUCCAGAGUGUCUAAAUAUCUACGUGAAUGGGCUGUUCGACGCUUUUGAUGACAGCCGACCCGAGUGCCAUGUUCGCAGAGUCGAGCAGUCUCGCAACUUGAGCGCAGCGGUGGAGAGUUCAGCCUCAGCCAUCCCUUCCUGGUUCAGGCUUGGGCUUGGGUUCUUUCGGUUGACUUUGAUGAAACAGGUCGGCAUGCGCAGUUGUCGGAGUAGAAGCUUGUAA